AUGGGCAGAGAAAUGGAGAGGCAGAGACCAAAGAACUGCUCAGGUGAUGGAGUGACUGUGAGAUGUGCUGCUGCUGUUGUGAGUCUUGCAUCCACAAAUGCUUCUGAGAAAGUGAAAAUGCAGUGCAUAUAUCCAAAAAAAGCCGUGAUAAUCCAGACAUCCCGGAUGAAACUUAAUGUAACUCUUAGGGAAAACACAGCUGUCUUGAAUCCAAUCUAUGGCAUACAUACCAAAGACAAAUACAAUAGAAGAAUUUAUUUUGAAAAUAAUGCCUUCAUCGAGAGCACUUUGGAAGAUCAUGGUCUUUACAUAACCAACAUUUUCUCCAUUGUAACUAAUCCAGAAGAAAUUUUGAAAAAGGUAAUAGAAAUAACUCAUUCAACAGAUGCUUUUGAAGUGUCUGAGAAACAAAAUAAUCCCAUGUUUACCAAGCCAGGAGGAAAUGUUGCUUUUAUCCCUGAUAAAAUUGGAGAUUCAGUGCAGCAAGCGAUGUGGGAAAGGAUUAAAGCAGAUUGGGUAGAUAUUGUCAUUCUGUGCAACUCAUCAGGAAAGCAAAGCUUUGGUUUGGGUUUCAAAGAAUGUACACCAGUGGAUUGCUCUGAUCAGGAAAUCUCUGGAACUGUCUUUCAAAAUGUUACAGCCUCUGACUUUGUGAUGUACUUCUGUGUAUCUGCUGGGAGAAACAAAAACUAUAUGAUGAAUUUUACUGUUUUAGCAACUUGGGAUCACAAAUGGUUUAUUACCUACCUAGCUGAAAGGAUUUCUGCUGCUGUUUCAAUGUUAGAUUUCCUGCUGAUCUUCAUCACUACUGCUUGUCACAAAAAGAGAAAGAAGAGGAGGGUCACAGAGGCUUUAUCAAAAGCUUUGUACUCUACUCAGAUCUGGCCUCCUUCUAACAGUUAUGGAAGAUCCAAUUUUCAUGGCAUACACAGCAGAGAAAGAAGAGGAGAAUAAUCAUCACUCAGGCAGACAGAGGAGAUUUAUGUCAACUGCAAAAAUGUCUCACAAAAACAUUAG